CAGCAACUUGACAGUAACGACAUCAACCAAACGAUGAGCUGGUCUUGACACCCCUCUGAUCGCAGCCUCGUGUAACAGAAGAUAGGUAAGUAAGGUAAGUUUCUGUUGUAUUGUUUCUCGCUUCUUCUCGCGAGCAGUGUCCAAGUGAUUCCCAACCCUCUCACUAUCUUGCAAUGGCUUCGAUUACAGCGCCAUCUACCCCCAAAGCCUCUCCCAAUGUCGACUCCCAGACUCCGGGAAAGUGGCGCCAUCCGCGCUUGAAAGAGAUUAUCAGACGACAGAAUGCCGCAACAUUUGAUAGUCGUAAUGUCAAGACGAUUGCGCUCAAUGUCAGCGCCGUCAUUGGGACGUUGGUAGUGGAAAGCCCUCUACGAUCAUUCGUCGCUAACUCUAUUAGUGUACAUGGUCUCGAUGCGAUUUCAGGAACAGCAGCAUACACGGGCCUCGUAUUCGUAGCCUUACGGCUCCUUUUCCUCUUCAAUAUCCUCGCUGCCUUGUAUCCGCUGUUCCGGCCGAAGGAUGAUCUUUCUGAUAUCCCUUUGACGCCCACUCAACGCGCUCUGCUUGGCCUAGAUCCCAACUCCGCCCCUCCCUCGACGCCUGGAACCCACUACAUCACGCCGCCAAGAUAUCGCCUUGCCUCUGGAUCUCGCGCAGGUAGCCCUACAAGCAGAGCCACCUCACCGACAACAGCCACCGGCAGUCCAGCUCCUCGCAGGUCGUCAUACUCGCCUACAACCAGUCCUCUCUUCCAAAAAGCGAUGGCCAAUGGAAACCGGGAAAGUAGUCGUCGACAAAGCUUUGGGUCCUCGUCAUUCAAUUCUUCUUUACGGGAGUCUACUUCUUCUCUACGAGAGUCUACGCUGUCGUCACUGCCUUCUUCGCCGUCUCCUUUGGUUAAUAAAGGGAAUAAACUCGGACUGAGCAACAAGUGGCUAUACGAGAAGAGUCGUAGGCACUCGGGUGGAAACAAUUUGAUUUAA